AUGUCAAACCUUGCCAAGAUCGAUUUUAUUGUACUAGAUAUUUCUGGCAAGAAUUAUCUAAAGUGGGUUCUGGAUCCGGAAAUCCACUUGCAUGCGAAUAAUCUGGAAAAUACCAUCAGGGAAGGAAAUCAACCAUCCCUGCAGGAUCGGGCAAAGGCAAUGAUUUUCCUUCCUCGGCAUCUUCAUGAAGGAUUAAAAAUUGAAUAUCUUGGGGUGAAGGAUCCAGCAAUGCCCUGGAAAAAUUUGGAAGAAAGAUAUGACCACCAAAACAGCAUAAUACUUCCAAAGGCUCAAUAUGAUUGGAUGCAUCUGUGUUUGCAGGAUUUCAAAUUUGUAAAUGAGUAUAAUUCAGCACUGUUUAAAAUUAUAUCUCAAUUAACCUUGUGUGGAGACAAAAUUACAGAUGAAGAUAUACUGGAAAAGACAUCCACUACUUUUCAUGCAUCCAACAUGCUCCUACAGCAGCAAUACAGAGAAAGGGGGUUUAAGAAAUAUUCCCAACUGAUUUCAUGUAUUCUUGUUGCUGAACAAAAUAAUGAACUUUGA